AUGUGUCAUUUCCCAAGCACACUGGCUUAUGGAGUGUACUUCCCGAAUGCCACCACGUUCCUGUCGAGCGCUUCUACGAUAGACGGGCCCCUCGAUAUAGGCAUUAGAUGCAUACAUAGACGAGUCGAUAUGCUGAGCUUCGAAGGCCAAAACAUCGCCCUAUUUCAAGACGAGACCUACGUCCGCUCCUCAUCCACCUCGUCAUCAGUCCUCUCGAAACGGUGCACAACAUGCCAGAGAUCGUCCAACGACGUCUUCCAGACGAGGCUCAGACGUAGCAUCUCGCCAACUCGACCACGAGGCCUACCGCAUCCUGUCAUGGUCCGUCCUCUUCCAUCGGCACCCUCCCCUAGACAGGGCGGCAGAAUACCAUUAACGACUUCGUCCAUCAUUUAUCGCUUAGGCCAUUUCCGCAUCGAAUCCUCUGAUAUCGGACACAUGUCGAUACCCGUCCAAGCAGCAACAAGCUACAUGGCUCAAGUGACCCCCCUAAAACUGACCCGUUCUCAGAAAACAUCGUCACGACCAACGUCCCAAUUUCAGCCUUGUCCAAUCCCAGGUCGGCCAACAGCAUCCAUCAUACUUUGCACCAGUCAAAGCCAGUCUCCCAUGCCAUCCACUCAACCUCAGUCCCGGCCCGUAUAUCCAAUUGCCUGUCGUCGUCGUCGUCGUCGUCGUCGCCGUCGUCUUCGUGCUGACCGUAUGAUCCUCAUUCAUCCCGGGGCGAUGGAAAAGCCUGGUCCUUCAUCGCGGUUCAUAUAG